ACCCAUUAAGUAUGCGUUGAUCUUACAGUUAGUUAAUUCUUACAGGUCAAGUUCAUUACUGCUCGCAUUUCAGACAUUCAUCGCCUCUGCACUGCUCGCUUCUUCGAUGGAUUGGCAAGGGCAAAAGCUAGCGGAGCAACUGAUGCAGAUACUGCUGGUGUCAUCUGCUUUUGUGGCGUUCAUCGCGGGCUACAUAUUGGGUUCAUUUCAAACCAUGAUAUUGAUUUAUGCUGGCGGUGUUGUGCUCACGUCUCUGAUCACCAUUCCAAACUGGCCCGUUUUCAAUCGCCACCCUCUCAACUGGUUGGAUCCGGUUGAAGCCGAAAAGCACCCAAAACCACAGGCCGCUAAUUCUAGUUCUAAGAAGAAAACCUCCAAGAAGUAGGAUGAGUCAGGACCUCUGUUUACCCUAUCUGUUGGAGGAGAACUUUCAUGUGAUGUUUGGCUGACAAUUUCCAAUAGAUUUUGGCAAAAUGAAACCAACACUUUUUUGUUUUCCCUAAAGUCAUUUACUCACAUAUCUUGCAUGUUUUAAUCCUGAAUUCCAGGCUCACAUAUCUUGGCUGACA